AUGCCUAAUGAAGGAUCGACAUUUGAAUUUGGACGUUCAAUGCGUCCACAUUUUCUUUUGGAAGAUGAUUACAUACCACUUAAUCAUGGAUCUUACGGAACCUUUCCUAAAGUAGUUAGGGAAGCUUUGCAAGGGUAUCAAAAUAAGAUUGAAUCUAAUCCAGAUAAAUUUAUGCGUAGGGAUUUAGAAUCGGAAUUGCAUAAAGCGAGGGAGACCGUUUCGAAAUUCAUUAACGUUGAAGUAAAUGAAAUAGUUUUCGUACAGAAUACUACGACCGGUAUCAAUGCGAUUUUAAAAAGUUUAAAGUAUGAAAAAGGUGAUAAAUUACUUUAUCUAUCAACGGUUUAUAGUUCCAUUAGGGAAUUAUUAAUGUUCAUUCAGGAGAACAAUCAUGAAAAUGUUGAACUGGUUGAAAUUGAAGCGAAUUAUCCUUUGUCUGAGGAUGACUUGAUUGAUAAAAUCGUUAGAGUUAUUCAAGAGGAAAAUCAAAAACCAAAUAUGAGGAUUAAAUUGGCCGUAAUCGAUUCCAUAUCUUCUAAUCCUGGUGUUGUCUUUCCUUUUCAACGUUUGAUUCCAAUCUUGAGGCAAAAUGAUAUCCUUUCAAUCGUUGACGGAGCUCAUGCGAUCGGUCAAAUUCCUUUAGACAUAAAAGAGAUUAAUCCAGAUUUCUUUGUGACCAAUUGUCAUAAAUGGUUAUAUACCGCCAGGAGUUCGGCAAUUUUAUACGUUCCUCUUAAACAUCAGAAAAAAAUUCAUCCGACAGUUACCAGUCCAUUUACAGCUGAUGGAUUUAUUCCCGAAUUUUCUUGGACUGGAACUCAAGAUUUCAGUUCCUACUUGACGAUUCACGCCGCUUUGGAAUUUCGAAAGAAGAUUGGUGGUGAAGAAAAGAUACGUAAUUAUUGUAAAAAAUUGGCCAUCGAAGGAGGAAAAAAGAUUGCUUCUAUCCUUGGUACGGAAAUAAUUGGACCGGAAAACGUUAUACAAAACAUGGUUAACAUACGUUUACCAAUUCUUGUAUCAAAUAAAGAAUUUUCGGAAAAGAAAUUCAUAGAUUUAAUGUUAAAUAAUUAUAAUUUUGCCGUCGCGAUAUUUGAACAUAAUGGUCAUUGGUAUAUAAGAGCUAGCGCACAGAUCUACACGGACAUUGAUGACUUUGAAAAAGUUGGUCAUAUCGUGAAAGAAAUUUGUGAUUCUUUUUGA